AUGUAUAACACACCAGAACGUUCUCAAACACUUGCACAGGAGCAACGUAACGCUUUGAGUAUGAAAUCAGCGUUUAAUUAUCAAUCCGAGAUUGAUUAUUUAAAUAUUAAAGCGCUUCAAAUAGGACCAAUGACGAUAUUAUGUCCUAAGUGCCAUGCAAAAAAAUGGAAAGAUGAAACCAGUGGACUUUGCUGCGCUAACGGUAAAGUUGUUUUACAACAAUUUGAGGAUCUUCCAGAAUUAAUCAAAAGUUUAAUUGAUAAUUCUCACACUCUAUCAAAACAUUUCUUUGAUAAUUCUAGACGGGGUAUAAUACUCUGUUUCAAAUGA